AUGUACGACCCGUUAAACUCAGGCUUUGGAAGCGACGACUCUAUUCCCCCAUGGCCGACCACCCCGCACCCGCCCAACUCGCCCAUACCCAACCUGCGCCGGUCGGUCUCGCCGCACCCGCAGACGCCAACGAAGAGCGUCGACAGGGGACCUGUGAAUGGGCUGUUUGGCAAAGAACCGCAGAUCUAUGGGCAGCCUGAGCCCGGCCUUAUUUCCCCGCAGGCCACGACGGCCUCGAAUGGCGCCAAAUUCGAGAAGGCGGAGCCGUAUCUCAGAGUGCGGAUUACUGGGCUGGAUCGGAACAGGAGGGAUAUAUUGGUCAAGUUCGACGCGCAGACGAACUUGGCGAACUUUGUUGGCACUACCUACAGGAACGUAUCGCGGUCCUACCUCGAGUUCCAGCAGCUCCACGAGUCCCUCCUCAUCAGCUGUCCUCAGACGCUCGUCCCCGCGCUCCCCCUUCCGCAGACCUCUGCUCCGACGGAUGAGGAGGAUGACCGCUUAGUCAAGAUCAUGCUGCAGCGCUGGUUCACCAGGAUAUGCGAGGACCCCAUCCUGAUCAUGGACGAGGAGCUCCGAUCCUUCAUCGAGAGCGACUUUGGCUACCAGCCUACGCCGCGAGUGAAACGCAAGCCAUCCUCUGGAUUCAGCCUCAUCCGACGGGGUGUACCUGACGAGGAUGAAGAAUUACAACGGGCUCGUUUCGAAUUGACGAAGUUGGAGACACAGUUCUUCGAUGCAGCCAAGGCUAUUGACAAGUUGUCUCGCGCAAGGAGAUCGCUCGCAACUGCGCACGCUGAGAUGGGUAACAAACUUGUCAAUGUAGCAACUACGGAAGCGCAUCCUCCUUUAGGGAACGCGUUCCGCAAGGUUGGACGAACUUGGCACAGUUUGGCUGAUUUGGACCACGCUCAGUCCAUCAGUGAAUGCGUCAUUUUGGGAGACUCCUUGGGUUAUCAGGGUAUGAAUGCUCGAUCCGCAAAGGAGACUCUGCAACAGCGGACUGCGGUAUUGGAGGAAUACCAGAGCGCAGUCAAGACCACUAUAUCCAAGAGGAGGCAGAUCGAACGUCUAAAAGCGAGUUCGAACAUCAGACCCGAAAGGGUCGACGAGGCUCUAGAGGAGUUGGAAGAGGCCAACAAGUACGAGCUGAUUCUCGCCAAACGAGCGGAUGGUAUUUCCCAGAACCUCCAUCGUGCAUUGGACAGGCACAAGAAGCUGGUAACGGAGGAUGUCACCGCUGCUCUAAUAGAGCAUGCGCGGUCGUCCCUGAUGUACGAAAAGCAGCUCUUACGUGAGUUGGAGGCACUCAGGCCGGAUGUGAACAACGCCGCCAGCAAAAAUGUGCCUAAACCGAAUGGCGUCCCUAAGCCCAUGAUCGUACCUCCCUUGGAAGACGAUCAUAGACCACCUCUACAGCCUCAGCCUCGGUCGGCUCAGGUGCACUCAUUCCCUCGAAACGAUGCGACAACGGCCCCCAGGCCGUACUCAGCAGCAGCCGGUAAUUCGACCUUCCCGGGUACUGCAACGCCGCCGCUCUCAGGCAGGUCAAGUGUUGUUCAUGGACCGCUACCCCCUCAGUCUCCAGGCGCUGGACCAUCGACGCCUAGUCCUCAGCAGUCUAGUUUCCCGAAUACCCCUGUGCAUUCGGAACCACCCUUGGGCGGCCGAUUUGCGGAUGGAACGAAAUCGAUGUUCGUCAAACCUGUCUCUUCGCCCCUUUCAGCUGCUCCGCCGCUCUCGUCUUCGAGUGUCCGCGGUCCCGCGCCAGCAGCACCAGCGGCAUCACCUGCCCCAGCGGCCCCAUCGCCUUUGCAUUCCACGGGCGAUCCCCUGCUUGGAGUUGCCUCACCUUUGGCUCAGUCUGUGCCGCAAUUACCCACGGCCAAUGGACGCCCUAACGCUCAGUGCGGCUACCGCCUGCUCGACCCAAGUUAG